AUGUUGAGGACAGGGACCAACAAUUACCCGACGUGUUCGGGAAUGAAUAGAGCAAGUGCAUCACACCUACACUUUUCGCGGUUAUGUCUUGGCGGUGAGAUUGUUCAAGUACCGACCGUCAUUGUAGAACAGGAAACCGUAUUCAGGGCUGUGGUAACUAAGCAUGCAUUUCGAAGUCUCGGUACCGACACGCAAAAUUACUUAAAGCGUUUCUUACCCAAGUAUGAAGGAUCAAGUAAGGAUGAAGAGCAAAUUCUGGAUAUUGUGUUCACAGCAGAUCCGAAUUUGUAUUUUGGAAACCCGUUGGGAAAACUACAUUCAAAAAUUCGAUGUGGUUGGUUUAAUCCAGAAAGACCAUCAGAUCAAGUGCAGCUACGUGACAAUCGCAGGGUUUUGUACGACCAUUACAUACGCCAUUAUUAUAUGACUGUUUUGAAAUCACUUCUCAUUUCCAGAAAUAGGGAAUUCGUUAAAUAUACUAAUUCAAGUGUGUUUGAAGAACCUACAGCAAGGAGAGUGCUUACUCCUGGUUGUUUUCGUAAAUCGAAAAUAUCAAAAAGAAUUAAAUGGCGUACUGCAGCUCGGCUGAAAAUAAUAUUAGACCGGGUGAGAGAGGAAGUUGGGGAAAAAGCAGGCUUUUCUUCGGAUGAAGAAGAAUUCGGUGAUUUAAAUAGAAUUCCAAUGGCUCGUGCUGGGCAGAGUACUCUUUUUUCCCCUUAUUUUGUUGAUUAUGAUCUGCAUCAACCAAUUUACAUGGAUGAUGUCAAACGGAUGCUGAAAGAUUAUAGAAAUCUAAAGGAACAGGAACCUGACUCACCUUCUCUGGAUAUUUCGGACAUUGGUAUUGAAAACGUUUAUGAAAGAGCCGGUGUGGCUUGCAUUGCUGAAAGGAAUUUGUCGGCUGAAGUUUCUGAGGCGAUGAAAAUGCCAUUUAAAUCUAUAAAAUAA